UACUUCCGCCGGCCUAGACCCGGGGCAAGGAGAUGUAGCACAUGGGCUUCCCUGUAUGGAGUUCGUCGAGGAUGUAACGACCCUGGGUAACACUGGGACAGGACUUAGAGGAUGCCGCUCAGAGACCAAGCGGUACAUAACCAGCCCUAGAGUGGCUGAGACCUUGGUGCGGAUCCUACGGGGAAAACGAAAAUCUUGCCAGCUAUUCCUGGAAUGCAAUCCAGGUCCUGGAAUCCUGACACGAGCAUUGCUUGAAAGUGGUGCCAAAGUGAUUGCCCUUGAAAGUGACGAGACUUUUAUUCCACAAUUGAAGUCCUUAGGAAAAAAGGUGAAUGGAAGACUAGAAGUGGUCUACUGUGACUUCUUUAAACUGGAUCCUAGAAGUCGUGGAAUACUAACACCUCCCGUUAUGACUUCAGAUAUGCUUUUUCAGUAUUUGGGAAUAGAAGCACAGCCUUGGUCAAAAGGUGCCCCUUUAAAAGCAAUUGGGAUCUUACCACCUAAAAAUGAGAGAAGUGCACUUUGGAAACUUUUACAUGACCUAUAUUCCUGUACUUCUAUAUAUAAAUAUGGACGACUAGAACUAAACUUGUUUAUUAGUGAAAAGGAAUGCCGGAAAAUAAUGGCAAAUCCCCAAAAUCCAAGCUUGUAUCAAGCAUUAAGUGUGCUCUGUCAAAUAGCUUGUGGAAUUAAGCUCCUGCAUACAGAAUCAUUAGAACAAAACCUGUGUUUUAUUCAACUGACUCCUCAUAGGAAUUUAUUUGCAGGAACCUUAACACCUUUUAACUAUGAUGUGUUUUUUCACAUGUUAAGGCAGUGUUUUAUGAAACGCAAUGCCAAGCUAAUAGACCAUUUACAUUCAUUGAGUCCAAUUGAUGCAAUGCAUAUAUUGAAGCAAAUUUAAAAAAAUAAAGAUGUGAAAGUAAUAGAUAUGUACCCUGAAGACUUUCAGCACCUUUUUGAAACCAUAGAGUGUUCCAAAGAUGAUCACUAUAAGUGGCUAUAUGAUGACUUCAUGGAAGAUGUAAUCAUAUAGAGAAGUGGACUGAUAAGACAUUAACUGGAGCUGUUUAUUUAUUUGGAAAUUAUGGCACAAAUGAAAAAGAACUGAGUUUGAAAAACUCACAUCCUUUCAACAGAAGAUAACUGUUCUUGUUUUGCACAGCUAGGCAGAUCAAUUCUUGUGCCAUUGAUACCACUACUGUAUUGGAUAAAAUAAUGGCUGCUAUUUUAUUCAAACUGAAUAAAAGGAAAACUUCAGUUAAUUGUGGAUUUGAUCAAAUUGGAUUUGUUUUGUUUUAAAUUCCUAUCUACUAUAAGCAUACUGGUAGUUAUAGGGUAUUAGCAGAUGAAAUUUAGUUUUAGAAAUUCUUUUGGCCAAAUAUCUUACAUUAUACUUAAAUAUUCCAUUUUCACUGUCGAUUUUUAUAUCCUCCUGGGGGAGCAGAAGAGUUUGUACGUAAUUAAACUUGGAAAGUAAAUUGAUUUAGUGGGUUUUUUUACUUUUCAGUUUGUUGAAAUGUAUUAUCAAGUACUGUACAAUGAAAUUAUUUAAAUUUUAAUAUGGUUUAAAUUUUUUUAGAAAUUAAAAUAUUUUAAGUAAAAAAAAAAAAAAAAAA